AUGAGCACGAAAAGUGAGAAGGAAUGUGAGGGCGACACGGUGAUUCUGGGCGCGGGAAUCAUUGGGCUCGCAACGGCGUAUUAUCUUUCGAGGUCUGGGGGAACGAGGCCGGAGAGUAUACAUGUUAUCGACUCUAGUGCGGAGCUGUUCCAGUGCGCGUCGGGGUUUGCGGGGGGUUUUUUGGCCAAGGACUGGUUCGCGCCGUCGAGUGCUUCGCUUGGUGCACUGUCAUUUAGGCUUCACCAGGAGCUCGCCAAUGCUCACGAUGGACGGAAGACGUGGGGGUAUGCUCCCAGCACGGGUGUCUCGCUGAGCUCGAUUGAGGAUAGCGAGUCUGCUGUUGGAGGGAGUGGAGAGGAUUGGUUGGCGGAUGGGACGAGUCGGGCGCAGGCGACGAAGUCCGAGAAGAGUUUGGGUGCGAGGGGGCCGGUAUGGUUGAAGGUAAAGGAGGGCUUGGAGGUCAUCAGUCAAGAGGACACAGUGGCGCAGAUAGAUCCGUUAAGAUUCUGCCAGUGGCUACUGGCGAGGUGUUUGGAGAAGGGAGUGCAGUUGCAUUAUCCUGCGCGAGCCAUAUCCGUCUCGAGAGAUGCGGAAAACCAGUUGAAUGGUGUCAGGAUAAGCCAAAGCGGCACAGAGACGGAGUGUAUGUAUCGCGCUCCUUUGGAUUGGCAUAUGCUAAUAGGCACAGUGCCGUGCACACGGCUCGUCAUCACCUCUGGCGCCUGGUCCCCUCGCGUUUUCUCCACCCUCUUCCCCAAAUCUACAACCCGAAUACCGAUCUCAUCUCUCGCUGGCCAUUCCCUCCUGGUACGCAACCACCACCACUCUCCAGAAAAUGCAGACACCGAAGUCUGCCAUGCCCUGUUCGCAACCGACGACGUCGGCUUCUCCCCAGAGCUAUUCUCACGGGUAGGGGGAGAACUAUACCUUGCCGGUCUGAACAGCACAACGAUACCUUUACCAGAGCAAUCUUCGGAUGUCAAAGUCAAGCCCGAUGCAAUUGAGAAGAUGAAGAAGUGCGCUGCCGGGAUGAUAGCGGCGGUGGAUGGGAAGGAUAUGGAGGUUCUGAGGGAAGCUCUAUGCUUCAGGCCUGUAACAGCAAGCGGACGCCCACUCGUAUGCCGUAUCCCAGAUGCCAAACUCGGCGGUGGACUGAAGACGCUCAAAAGCGGCGACGGUGGUGUGUUUCUCGCAGCCGGCCACGGUGCCUGGGGCAUUUGCCAGGCACCUGCAACGGGUCUGGUGAUGGCGGAGCUGAUAGAGGGCCGUCCCACAUCGGCGAACAUCUCUGCGAUGGUGUUGCCGUCGUGA